GACAGGUCACCAUGGCAGAGAACAUCACCUACGCUGAGAUGAACCUAACCUUCGGCAAAGGAAAAGGACAAGGAAAGACUAAUUCAGUCAAUCUGCAGGAUGAAGAUGUCCAAGUCACAUACGCCGAUAUCAAGAAGCCUCCAGGGAAGAAGAAGGUGAAAUCUUCCAAACAAGAGAAAGAUUCUGCAGGAGGCGAUGACAUCACAGUGACGCGCGCAGCGCUCAAGAAGACGACCAAGAAAAAGGGCCGAAAAUGUGAAGACCAAGAAGGUCAAUGUGUGGAGAAGUCAACAUGGGACAAAUGUGUGAUAGUCAGAGAAGAUGAGGAGCGCACAGACUGGAAGCACAGAGUACUUCGAGGUCGGCACUGCUCAUUGCUCCCCAUCCCCUUCCUGGUCAUCCUGUGUCUCAUUCUUCUCAUCACCACCAUCACUAGCAGAACCUCCUGUACAACCAGUGACGGAAGUAGAUCAGGACCAUCGUCCUCAUCAGACUUGUUUUCUCCGUGUCCCGAUCCCUGGAUUCUUGUUACAAGGAAGUGUUAUUUCUUCUCAGAAAACAGAAAGAACCGCAAAGACAGCAAAGAAGACUGCGAGAAACGCAACUCUAGCCUGGCAACCGUGAAGGAGGGAACCAUACUGAAGCUGGUUAAUAUCACUGAACAGGAAUUCUGGAUUGGACUUGAAGAUCUUGGAACUUAUCACCAGGAUAAACCCUGGUCAGGACGAUGGGCCGAUGGAAGCACUCAAGAAUUACCCAAAGGAUCAGGAAAUUGUGCAAAGAUGAAGGGUGGCCUCCACUUACACAACUGUCAGUCUGACCUGCACUGGAUCUGUGAGAAGGAGAUUUCGGCUCAAUAAAGAGCACACAAGGUCGGCCGGCGCCUGCACAAAACUCUGAUGGAUCCACCGCCAAAUGGAUCCAGUCUAAUACGCUGGUCUUUAAAAAUGCGCACUAUAGUCCAUAGCUUCCAGUGUGUCAUCUCCACAUCACCAGAGCGCACACAUAGUCCAUAGCUUCCAGCGUGUCCUCCCCACAUCACCAGAGUGCACACAUAGUCCAUAGCUUCCAGUGUGUCAUCUCCACAUCACCAGAGCGCACACAUAGUCCAUAGCUUCCAGUGUGUCAUCUCCACAUCACCAGAGCGCACACAUAGUCCAUAGCUUCCAG